CAGUGAAAUAUGAUCAGCGCCGCAGUCGAGCCUCAACUCUUUUCGGGUCAGGGAUGCUUUGCGCAAACAAAGGAAGGAGGUCUCUGUGCAGCGCCUUGUAAUUAUCAUCGCGCUUGCGAGUAGUUGUGACGCGCGACUCACGGCUGCCACAUCACACAGUGUUGUCAAGCAGUCUACUACGUGAAGAAACAUGCUUUUAGGACUUUUGGGGCUGUUUCUAGCUUUAACGGAAAGUUGUCGGUGCGCGCCACAGCAGACCUGUCAUCCAGGAGACGAACUUUUGGGAAGAUGCAGUAACAGUGUGACCGAAGCAAAACGGUUGUUGGUCGCUUUUCCUGAUUCCGUACCCCAACAACACACAGCUACCUGCACAGAGAUGCAUCUGAGCUACUGUAAUGAUGUAGGAUACACUAGAACUAUGUUUCCCAACAUCCUUGGCCACCAGACUCGUACGGAUGCCGAAUCGGGGGCAGAGUACCUUCUCCUGAGUGUCAUCCAUGGCCUCCUUAACGGAGAGUGCUCCCCUGACAUCCGUCUCGUGGGCUGCUCAGUACUCGCGUCGCCCUGCCGGGAUAACAAGAUGAUCAAGCCCUGUCGCAGCACAUGUGAGGCCCUGAGGAAAGACUGUUCCCACACCUUUGAGGCCAUAGACAUGGCCUGGCCAUACUUCCUGGACUGUGACCGCUUCUUUGCAAGCGACAGAGAGGGGUGCUUUGACCCACUGGCGGCGCUAAAAGCCAGACAGGAGCUAACAUGGUCCAGCCUCUCACCAGAAGAACCCAGCACCAUCAUCCAGUUCACGUAUACGACCAACAGUCAGCUGUACAGCUUACUGAAGAGAACGGCAGCCAAGUGUUCCCACAUUUCUCAUGUUUACAGCAUCGGCCGUAGCACUGAGGGUCGAGAUUUACUGGUCAUUGAAUUCAGCAACAAUCCUGGACAGCAUGAACUAUUGGAGCCAGAGGUCAAGCUGAUUGGCAACAUGCACGGCAAUGAGGUGCUUGGUCGCCAGCUGCUCAUCUACCUGGCUCAGUACUUGUGCUCAGAGUAUACCUUGGGAAACCCCCGGGUACAAGCCCUCAUCAACAGCACCCGCAUCCACAUCCUGGCCUCCAUGAACCCCGACGGCUACGAGCUUGCCGCUGCAGAGGUAGAGGAUAGAAAUGACCCGGAGCUCAUCAAUCAGGAAGGUCACUUACUGAACGGUUGGACUAAUGGCCGUACAAACGCCCAGAACAUUGACCUGAACCGCAACUUUCCUGACCUCACAUCUGUCUUCUACCGGAACCGUCGCAGCAGGCACUACCGCACUGACCACAUCCCAAUUCCUGAUGGCUAUUGGUUUGGGAAGGUGGCACCAGAGACCUUUGCAGUGAUGAAGUGGAUCAGGUCAAUCCCCUUUGUCCAGUCGGCCAGCCUCCAUGGUGGUGAGCUGGUAGUCUCCUAUCCCUUUGACUUCUCCAGACACCCAGACGAGGAGAAGAUGUUCUCACCCACUCCGGAUGAACGGGUGUUUAAGCAACUGGCUCGCACCUAUGCAGACACCCAUACCACCAUGUCAAACAACGACACAGACAGGUGUGGAGCAAACUUUUACCGAACUAAGGGCAUCAUCAAUGGGGCACUGUGGUACAGUUUUCCUGGAGGCAUGUCAGACUUUAACUACCUGCACACAAAUUGUUUGGAGAUCACAGUGGAGCUGGGCUGUGACAAAUUCCCCUCUGAGGUAGAGCUUUACCCAGAAUGGAAGAGGAACAAGGAAGCUUUGCUCAGUUUUGUAGAGUCGGUCCAUCGGGGGAUUAAAGGUGUUGUAAAGGAUGUUGAUGGCAAUGGGAUCAAAGAUGCCACCAUCUCUGUCAGGGGGAUUCGAAAAGAUGUCACCACGGCUGAAGGGGGAGACUACUGGCGUUUGCUGAGCUCUGGUACUCACAUCCUGACAGCCACUGCCAAAGGUUACUCCAGGGUCAGCAAGCGGGUUCAUCUGCCUCACAACCUGAACAAAGCUGGACGUGUGGACUUUGUCUUGAAGAAGGUUCCCCUAGAGCCUGACAUUGACGACCACUUCUUCCCCACAACAGACACAUGGGAUCGUUUUGACCCUUACAAUCAGUUUGAACGCUACAGCGAGCCCGAUGUAGUUGAGAGGGGUAUCGAGCGGCAGGAAAAACCUUGGUGGUGGUCCUACUUCUCCCAGUCUGGCAUCUCGCCUCCAAACUGGCUGCUGCGAAAUUUCUAAAUUCACUUGAGGACAAUACAGGUCUCAUUGCACCACUGUAAAAUGCUCUUUGGAUGCGUUUGUGGUACAGCUGAGAUGUAUUAACAUUGACUUCAACACCACACACACAAGUUUAAUGCUUUUGAUAGGACUUGACAAAACUAUUUUCUGCCAGGCAUCACAUAUAAUUUUAGUGAGCAUUGGAAGGUGAAAAAUGAUGGCAUGCACUUAUAUGAUGACAGACUGCUUCUAAUUCACUAGUAAAGUCAGCUGCAUAAACUGUG